CUGCGUUUCAUUCAGUUUUGAAGUAGAUAGUGUGAAGUUGUGAAUUGUGUUGUGUGUGAAAUUUUGAAAUAUUCAUCUAGUUAUUUCUGGAUUUUGAUUGAAAGUGUAAUUGUCGAUUCAGCAACAUGGGUAAAGAUUACUACAAAAUGUUAGGCCUUACCAAAGGCGCCACAGACGACGAAAUAAAGAAGGCGUAUCGUAAGUUGGCACUCAAAUACCAUCCUGACAAGAACAAAGCGCCCGGCGCAGAGGAGAGGUUCAAGGAAGUUGCGGAGGCAUACGAAGUGUUAUCAGAUAAGAAGAAGAGAGAAAUUUAUGAUGCUCACGGUGAGGCGGGCUUGAAAGGUGGCAUGGGCGGGCAAAACGGACCGGGUGUUGGCCAGUCGUACUCGUACACUUUCCACGGAGAUCCGAGAGCCACGUUUGCACAGUUCUUCGGUUCUGCGAGUCCGUUCCAAGCGUUCUUCGACCUCAACGGCGGCGGCGGGGGUACGACGAUGUUCUUCGACCACAAGCCUAACCCACUGUUCAAGAGAGAAGGCAGCGAUAUCAGAUAUACAGCUAAAGUCUCAUUGAAACAGGCUUUAUGUGGCACAAUAAUUGAAGUACCAACAAUGUCAGGGGAGAAGUUAACAGUGAACCUGCAAGGAGAGGUUGUGAAGCCACACACUGUGAAACGGUUUCCAGGAUAUGGUCUACCAUUCCCCAAGGAGCCGACGAGGAAGGGUGAUCUGCUAGUUGCAUUUGACAUCAAAUUCCCGGACAGAUUAGGUUCAGGUGUGAAAGAAAUACUCAUGGACACUCUUCCGAACUAAAUUGUUACAAACUGUUGGAUAUAGGAACUAUUUAAGUGUAUAAAGUGAGUUCCGGUGACUGCAGAGAUUGUAUCACCGGUGUGCUCAAUACAACGGCUCACUUACGGAUCCUGUUGCAGGAAAUAUACUCAUUUUCCUUAAGUUUGUAUAGCUUUGGUCGGGGUCUAGUCCUGUGAUUAUUUAUUGAUAGCUUUUUAUUAUGAAACAUUUGAAGCUGUGUUGAUGUUGGACCCUGACAGUUUGCUAGGUGGAACAGGAGACAAUGUGGCAUAUGGUGAAAGUUUGUCUGUCUGUGUCUCCCUGUGCGUUGUAGUACAGGAGGAUUUGUGUGUAUGAUGUGUGUAAUUUGACUUGUAAAUAUUUUCCACUUUGUACAUAUGAAACAGUGAUUGUAAGUUUUAAGUUUCAAGGCUCAUUGGCUAUUGGGCUAUUGGACAAGGUCUCGGGGUCCAUAUGACAGCUUCCCAUAGUUCCAUAGAGAAUAGGUCUAGAAACUGUGAACUGACAAUUGCAUUUAAUUGGUUUUUGAAAUAUUUCAAUAGGAGAUUAAUUUAAUUUCAAAGACUGUAAUGUUACUGUAGCGACAUUUCAGAAUUAAACAACUUAUUACUUAUAA